UCAGUUUCGUAUUUUUAUAAAAAAUAGAAUUGCUAAUAGGAUGCUAGCAAGGCUGCGAUGUCAAUAAAAUAAACAUGAGGGAUCUCAGGACAAAACACAAACGUUCCCGGAUUGCACAGGUGGUGCCAGUAUGGAAAGAACAACUUUAUCGAUUGUCGUCGUAAUCGGAAAUACCUGAACAUAAUGAGGAAGUAAAGCAUAUUGAGGAAACAAGAAAAUUGAACUACGAAAGCAUGGCGAGUCUAGUUCUUCAAACAGAGAACUAAAAGGAACGUACACACACACACAUGGGGAAGCUGUAGAAAGAGAAGGUCAGUGAAGGAGCAAUGAGCCAGGUGGAGAUAUUGGGCGAUUCAAGCCAUCCUCUGCAUCACUGCCAUGGGGAACUUCGCAUUUCCUGCCCAAUGCACUGAAUGGGAUGGUUACUCAUUUCUUCAACAAGGAAACCUAAAGCAAUUUAGGCAUGGAUUUACAACAACAUUUAGAUGAUGGAGUUGUCAGCCGCGUUGCCACCACCAGUGACUUCAAGUGCACCGUGUGCGGCAUGCAAUUCUCCGGUGAAACGCCAAUCUUGCAACACCUGGGCGGCAGACAGCACAGGGAAGCAGGAGCCCGAUAUAUGCUUGCCAACCCCGGGAGAGAAUGUGGUUCGCUCCGGCGCCUCGUGAAGCCCGUGGUCCUGGCAGCCGCGGGGAAGGGGGAGGUCCAGGCUGCAGGUGCGGGGUUCAGGUGCAACCUCUGCGAAGUUACUAUUAGUGGAGCGACGCCACUAGAAGACCACCUUAAUAGCAACAGUCACAAGAAACACUCUGCUAAUGACAGUCAUGUUCUGCGUCCCUUCCUCGAGGACGGCGUGGUCAGCCGAGGCGCCUCCAGCAACAUCUUCCGCUGCUGCGUGUGCUGCGUGGAUCUGACGGGGCAAGCGUCCACGCAGCAGCACCUGGAGGGCAAGCAGCACCGGGAGGCAGGAGCCAAGUACGUCCUCGGUAAUCCGUGGGACAAUCGAGCGACGCUCACGAAGCUCGUCAAACCGACAAUCCUCGCAGCCGCCAAGGAAAACGUGGUGCAAGUUGUCGACACGGGAUUCAGGUGCGUCCGUUGCAAGGUGACCCUUCUGAGUCUGACGCCCCUGGAGGAUCAUCUGUCCAGCAACGGCCACAAGAAUACCCAUGCAGACGAAGAGACGAUGGUUUUCCAGCAUCCCGAUUUGCGCCAGUUUCUAGAAGAAGGAAUCGUUAUCCAGUGUUACCCAGGCAACAUCUUCAAGUGCUCUGUGUGCCACGUCGACUUGACCGGCGAGACGCCAACCCUGCAGCACGUGGAGGGUAAGCAGCACCGCGAGGCGGGCGCCAGGCAUCUCCUCGCCAAUCCAAAGGACAAGCGAGCCUCCCUCAGGACUCUCGUCAAGUCUAUGGCGAUUGCAGCCGCUGAGGCUGGUGUGGUCGAAGUGUCGGCGGCAGGAUUUAAGUGUACCGCUUGUGCUGUGACUCUCAGCGGAGUUGCACCAUUAGAAGAACACUUAGUAAGCAACAAUCACAAGAAACGUGUUGAUCAAGAUAAGACUCCCAAUUCAUGUGAGGCAGUUACUGCGCUCGAGACAGCCCUCGAGAAAACGCUGGUGAUUCGGCCACUUCCUGCUGCAGCGCCCACGCCCUCACAGGGGACCAGGGCUAAAAGUAAGUAUGUAUAUUCAGUGAUAUCCGAGCCCCGCGGCCUUGUCUACGUCUUCAAUUACACUUUCAAAGGCCAGGGAAAACUGCAACGAAAUGGGGCUCACCUGGAUUCUGUUAAUAUCCAGAAGACAUUCGAGAAACUGGGAUACCAAAUCAUUGUGCUGGAGGACUUGACGGGAGAGGAAACCUUCGAACAAUUUGAAAAAAUACGGGAAAACCCAGAACUCAAUGGUGUGGACGUACUGAUGGUCUUUAUCCUCAGCCACGGAGUCGAUCCUUACACCUUCUUGGCCAAUGAUGGCACGGAAGUGAACCUGCACAGCAUUCGCUUCGGUUUUUCCGACCGCAAGUGUCCCUACAUGAGGAACAAACCAAAGAUCUUUUUCGCCAAUUACUGUAGGGCCGACCGGAUGGAGCGGCGAGAACUGAAGGAGGCGGAGGAACCAAGCGACAUGGCUACCAUCCACGCGGCCGCUGAGGGCGUCUUAGCCAAGAGAUCUCCAGACUUCGGCACAGUGUUCGUCAAGAGCCUCUGCGACGUCCUGGACAGCCACGGCCUCAGCUUGGACCUGAGGGACCUGUACAUCGAGCUGUGGUGCCAGAUGAAGGAGAACGACGGAACCAAGCCGAUGUGGGAGGACUACGUGUUCAAGAAAUUUUUCCUCGGUCCACGCUGAUGGCGGACACUCGAACCGGUCACGAGAGAAAACUGCAGAUGCGUUUGCUUGUCUUUGCUUCUGUUUAUUUAAUGGUUGUAUAAGAAAUGGUAUAAUGCAAAUAGAUACAUAAAAGUGGUUAUAUUUA